CUCCCAUUCCAAGCCAAAGAUUCUCUGCUGCUCCACUUAUUCUAACGCACCGGCUCUGCCUCUGCUCCAGUUCCCAAGCCAGAACCCGCCAGCAGGCCAGCCAGAUACAUCCGAGCCAAGCCAGGAUGAAGCCCGACCAAGAAGUGGCACGCCCUCCAUUGAUCUCUGUUAAGGGGGUCCCCCUGAUAAAGUAUUUCGCGGAAAUCUAUGACGAAGUGGAGGCAUUCCAAGCACAUCCAGAUGACCUGCUGAUCUCCACAUACCCCAAGUGUGGAACCACCUGGGUCAGUGAGAUUGUAGACAUGAUCUACAAAGAAGGCAGUCUGGAAAAAUGCAGCGUUGAACCCAUCUACAUGAGAGUUCCUUUCUUGGAAUUUGCUGUACCUGAUGUCCCUAAGAAAUACAGGAUUCUGUACCUCUUCUAUGAAGAUAUGAAAGAGGAUCCACAACGGGAGAUUCGGAAGAUAAUGGAAUUCCUAGAGAGGCCAGCUGAUGACAACCUUGUCCAGAAGAUUGCACACCAUACCUCCUUCAAAGCGAUGAGUGAGAACCAGAUGGCUAAUUACAGAAGCAUUCCCACUUCAGUUAUGGAUCACACCAUCUCUCCUUUCAUGAGAAAAGGAGUUGCUGGUGACUGGAAGAACCAUUUCACAGUGGCACAAAAUGAGCGUUUCGACGAGAAUUACAAGAUGCAAAUGAAAGGAACUACACUGCAGUUUCGAACGGAGAUAUGAUUGCUCUUUUUCCCCUCCUUAGUGAGGGAAAGAUCUUGUGUUGCCUGUGAGAACUUUUGAAGGUGCUGAGACGAUAUAUAGGUGAAGCUCAAGACAAACUGCCACUGUGCCCCCAUCAAAAUACACCACAGCAAGAGAGACCUAGCUUCUUUCUAACAUCAGAUAGCACUGGGGCCAAAUUUCCCAAAGUUGUUUUAUCAGCUUGCAUCAAGAACAAAGAUGAACUCUAAUCUGCAAUGUUAUUUAUGAAAUUGCCGCUUGUUAAUCCUUGACCUCUUUCCCUGUGAUGCAGACAUUGGAAGAAGUUUAAGAACAUCUAGUUGUAUAUUUUUUAAAGGAAUGUUCCUUCCUUCCUUCCCCCCUCCCUCCCUCCUUCCUGACUAACCCCCACCCCAAAACAAGUGCAACUACUUCACUUUUAGUUUCUUGGUGGAUUACUUGCAAACAAAAAUGCUGGACAGUAGUGGGUAACAAGAAAAAGUUGACAACAUCUGGAUUUUGCAUAAUCAUUUGUGUUCCAGGUAAACAAGUGCAGAAUAAAAGUCUCAUCUGAAACUGC